AUGGACAGUCACUGCAGCCUGCCGCCAUCUGACGGACUGGCGGUCUCCAACUUCGAUCGAACCCCCGCGCUCGACUCGACUCAGCAACCCGAAUUGCCCUUGUCAUCAACAAUACCACAGCAAGACAAGAAUAAUCUCGGGGCCCCGUUGCCCGACGAUGGCGCCGUGUUUGGCCGUGAGCUUCCCGCUGCGAGCGCGUCUCCGGAUGUUUGGGUUGUCCUUCGUGCUCAUUUCGGGGCUACCAAUGAUCAAUCUUGCAGAUUCACAAAGUCCUCAUCCCACCUCCUGAGAUAUACCGAGUCCCGCGGCCACCGUCGGUCAACCACGACCACUCGAACCACGACCACUCGAUCUCCAAACUCCAGUAGGGCCAAGGCCAACACGGGGCUACCGCUCAUCACGCGCCAUUUCACAACACGAAAGAAGGGUGAAGAGGCCGACCCUGGUCACGCAAAAGGCGUUGCUGUUCAAUUUUGGCCUCGCGGCCUACCUUCGUGGGCAGUGGGCACUCGUAUCCAGCUGGCCGGGUUGCCUCAAACCACCCUCCCAGGCUGUCAGGCGGUGGCUGUGCGAGCCAACAUCGACAAUAGGCUGUGGUCUCUGCUCGUCAACCCGGCAUUGAACCACCUCUCAGCCCUUUCGGUAGACCACUCUGUUGCUCCGAACCCACAUCGCAACACCGUUCGAUCUUCCAUCGAAUGGGCCACCAUCUUACCAGACUUUUGUGCUGGUCUCCGUGGAGGCUAUCCAGGGCUUGCCUUUGAAAGUGCGCUUAUCGACAUGGUAUCACAGCAGACAGAAACAGAAGGGUUGAAGGUCAGUUCCCGGGUUCCAACCGCAAACUCGCUUCUGUACGACUAG